AUGAGCCUCACCAGCGACAAAGGCAGCAAUAGGAAAUGCUUGGUUCUAGAAUUUCUUGAAUUUUUACGGGCUGAAUUGAGCACUGAAGCCAAAGAAGACAAAGAAGAACAGACCUGCCGGUUGCUGGGCAAGUUUGAUUUGAAUGGGUAUGUAGAUGCCGAAAACCAUUCCCUUGUUAUUGGAGGACUGUUUCCUAUUCACUCCAGGACCAUCCCAGCAAAUGAGUCUAUUUUGGAGCCAGUAUCAGCAAAAUCUGAAGGGUUUAACUUUCAGAGAUUCCGCUGGAUGAAAGCCAUGAGCCACAUGAUCAAGCAGAUUAAUAAGAGGAAGGAUAUUUUGCCCAACAUCACUUUAGGUUAUCAGAUCUUUGAUACCUGUUUUACCAUCUCCAAAUCAGUGGAAGCAGUUUUGGUAUUUCUUACAGGGCAGGAAGAAAACAGGCCCAAUUUUAGGAACAGCACUGGAGCAUUUCCGGCAGUAAUUGUUGGAGCAGGUGCAUCAUCCUUAUCAGUUGCUGCUUCAAGAAUUCUAGGGUUAUAUUAUUUGCCUCAGGUGGGCUAUGCUUCUACCUGUGUGAUUCUUAGUGACAAAUACCAGUUUCCAUCUUAUCUUCAUGUAAUAGCCAGCGAUAAGAUCCAGUCAAAGGCCAUGGUAAAACGUAUCCAACACUUUCACUUUCUCACGCUGUUCUCCAUGUUGUUAUUUUCUUUGUUCAUUAUCUUCACUCAGCUUUCCCAUUCAGUGUGUACUGAUGUGUGUCCUCCUGGGACUCGGAAGGGGAUUCGUCAGGGGGAACCAAUAUGCUGCUUUGACUCCAUCCCAUGUGCCGAUGGACAUGUGUCACGGAAACCAGGUGAAAGGGAGUGUGAACAAUGUGAUGAAGACUAUUGGUCAAAUGCACAAAAGAGCGAGUGUGUGCUGAAAGAGGUGGAAUACCUUGCUUAUGAUGAGGCCAUGGGAUUCACACUUGUCAUUCUUUCUGUCUUUGGGGCAUUUGUGGUCUUGGCAGUCACAACUGUGUAUGUGAUACACAGGCACACUCCCCUGGUGAACGCCAGUGACCGGCAGCUGAGCUUUCUCUUUCAGGUUUCUCUGAUCAUCACGCUGCCGUCGUCCAUGCUUUUCAUUGACAAGCCAAACAAUUGGUCCUGCAUGGCCGGCCAGGUCACUCUGGCACUGGGCUUUUCUCUUUGCCUGUCUUGCCUUCUUGGAAAGACUAGUUCACUGUUUUUAGCCUACAGAAUUUCCAAAUCCAGAACUCAACUUACAUCCAUGAGCCCCCUUUAUCGGAAAAUCAUUGUGCUAAUCUCCGUUCUAGUGGAGAUUGGCAUAUGUACAGCCUACUCGGUAUUGGAACCUCCCAUGGUGUACAAGAACAUGGAACCUCAAAAUACAAAGAUCAUUCUGGGAUGUAAUGAAGUUUCCAUAGAGUUUUUGUACUCGAUGUUUGGAAUUGAUGCCUUCCUAGCCUUGCUAUGCUUUCUUACAACUUUUGUGGCUCGCCAGUUACCAGAUAAUUACUAUGAAGGAAAAUGCGUUACCUUUGAGAUGCUUGUCUUUUUCGUCAUCUGGAUCUCUUUUGUCCCUGCUUAUUUGAGCACCAAAGGCAAGUUCAAAGUGGCUGUGGAAAUAUUUGCAAUCUUGGCAUCCAGCUAUGUUUUGUUGGGUUGUAUAUUUGCUCCUAAGUGUCUCAUUAUUUUGCUGAGGCCACAGAGGAAUGCCAGUGAAAUUGUUAGUGGAAGAGUCUCCACCACAGAUAAUAGCAUCCAACUGACCUCAGCUUCUGUGAGCAGUGAGCUUAACAAUACCACAGUGUCAGCUGUUCUGGAUGACUAG